AUGAACAGGGCUUGGAAUCAGAUGCCAUCGGUCCAUCGCCCGCCGGACGGUGGUUCUCCGAACAAGGAGUCUUCGAACACCGGCCUACCGAGCGAGGACCAAGCUUCGUCUGUCGCCGUCGCCGCUCGCCGUCCAUCCCUCGAGCAAGUGCUGCUGUCUACCGUCAAUCAGGCCACGAGUCGCAAAGCCGGCGGCGACAUCGACGACGACGAUGACGAACGCAGCGCCACCGAACCGCCAACGUCGUGGUCCUUCGCCGCCCGCCAGAGGAUACGACAAGAGCUUCGAGGGCUCGCUCUCGAUCACGGCGAGCGCUUGCUCGGCGUCGUGGCGAGGAGACUGGUGGCGGUUCCUGAGGAGAGGGGAACGGGAGCCACCAACGCUGAUGGUAUCGUUCGUGGAAGAGCCGCAGCCGGGGAGCGAACACAACGGGAGCAGCCAAGCGCGGGCCAUGGCGGUUUGGAUUCUCGAGGAGAGGAGGGACACCAAGAGCAAGCCGAAAGACCCCCAAGGCAACGGAGGCAGCCCAAGCAGCCUGGAGUUUGCGACCAGGAGCAAGGGGGGAAAGAAGACGAGGAGGAGGACGACGACGACGACAACGACGACGUUAUCCGCCACCAGGUGGUCCGCAGGAGGAGAAACCUGAGGCACGAAGCCCGUCCGUACGACUCGUGGAAUAUGCGGUGGGCUCUGGCCGUGGACGAAGGCGACAUGGCGGACUUGUCCACGCUCGCACUCGAAGCGUGCUUGCUAGAGGAGGCUACCGGUGAUGGAUCGGAAGCCGGCGCGGAGGAGGGCGCAGACCUCGUCGUGAAGUGGCGGAAGGCAUUCCGGGAGGCCGUCACUUCGACAGGCGGAAAACGAGAUUCUCUAGCUCCAAGCAGAUUCAACUUCUGCAGCAGAAUUUCUGUCCAGGACAAUUGCUUGUCGGUGCCUCGGGCAAUUCAGCUGGCUUGUGAGCUCAUCCCGCACGCAACGGAGACUCUCGCGAUCAAGAACCCUCUCGGUGCAAAGCCAGUGCUCAUCGAAACGUUCGAGGCUGAAAUCACGCCCAACUUGCGUGGAGAGGAGUUCUUCCCCAUCACACACAGGUUUAGUGGCGAGCAGAAGGGUGUAACAGAGGACGUGUUCUUGUCGGCAGCGCUGAAGCUGAGCGCUGCAUGUCUUGGUGGUAUCGACGCUCAGCUCAGCGAGGUAUCUUCCGAUUUCUCUGAGGAGGAAGACGGCGAGGUGGAGGCAUUGAUGGUGUCGAGACUAGCCGCGGACGAAGAAAAGCAGCGUGAACACGCUCGGCCCAUCAAUGAGAACAAGGACCAUCGAAACCCGACCGUGCUGGACGCCAGUAUGUGGGACGCAAAUAGUAACACUGACUCGCUCUCAGGGGUAGAGGUUGCAGCCCAUCCUUCGCGCACAAGAACAUCGAUGAGACCAGAGCAUCUGUCUGAGAUUUACGGCAUCAGCACCGCCCCCUGCGGCGGGAUCAGUCUUAAGGUCGACGUCCGCGGAAACUUCGAGGAAUGGGACCUGCAAGUGUUCCCACCUCUAGAAGACUUCGUGCGCCGCGCCAAACAAGCUCAAGUGCAGGUGCUGACCGCUCUUGCGCGAGUCCCAUGCAUCCUAGAGCACCCCGAUGUAAAGCCGUACCAGACAAUGGUUGAAGGAUACGGACUGGGCUUCGAGCUACCGCAAGGCGGUGAUGAAGAAAUUGCGUCGGAGAGAGAGAACACCUCUACAUCUUGGCAGGAGACAGGGGGGAGGGGUAUUGCGGAAACCACGCACAGGAUGGAGCAGGUUGCCGAGGGACCCAUGGACGAGUGCGGUUGGUUGGAGAACCUUUCCGAAGACCCUUACUACCGUGGUCUGCAAGAUAAGGUGUUCUUGUCGCUCGCGUCCAGCCAUAACUCAGUGUACCGCAUGGUGGACGGGUUUCGACCUCUACUGCAGGAGUUUCAGGCUCUAGGAACGUUUACAGCAGAGAGGGAAAGGGAAUACGAAAGACUGCAGAGCACCUCUGAUCCCGAUGCGAUCGCGGCAGACGUGAUAGCCUCCGCAAAGAGAACAGGGAACAAGGCGGGGUGUCUCGACCUCUCCCCGGUUUUGCUCGCCAAGCCCACUACGGAAUGGCUCCAUAGCUGGUACUCGAGGUUCGAACGCUUCCGGCAAACUGUUCGUGCCACCAAGAUCGACAGCCCGCAAGCACUGCUAUCGAUAAACGCGACGGACUUGAUAACAUACCUCGUGGCGGUGUUCUUGUGCCAGAUAGAACAGUGGCUGUGGCAAUUGCGCGACGAGGUUCAGAAGCUCCAAGAGCUUGGGAUUUUGCUGAAAAAGAUCGGGUGCUUCGAUGCCUGGCCAUUACCCCGCUUGGCGGUCAAAACAGGCAGUGGAGUUGUGUCCGCGAACGGCGACGGCUCAUCGAUGCCACUAUCACCACCGACCACUUCCAAACCGGCAGAAAUAACGGCAUUUUCGCCAACGAAGACCUCGCGAGGGGAUGGAAACGGAAAAGACGAAACGCCAACCAACGAUGUUGCCCGCAGCGAGCAGCAAACCGACCCGCCGCCAGACGACGGUGGUAAGAACAACGUUUCUCGCGGGACUGCUGGAAAAUCGUGUGGUUUCUUUGACGACAGGGGCGGGUACGAUUUCCGAGCGGUGGAGAACCAAACGCGAGAGGCGACGGAAAAUGUCGGCUAUCACCUGGUCGUUCUGCAGCGCUCGGUAGACCAGGCGCACAUCAACAUGCGCAUCGCGAGCCAGGAGUUUUCUUCUCUCCUUAGGAAGGCGUUGGAGUCGUUGAGCCGCGACAUCGAUCGGUUAGAGGCAGAUAUUCUGGAUCCUGCUCUGUCGAACGCUUCCACGGAUCCCACGAAAGCCUGCUCGCGGUUGGAAGGGUACCGCCAACGGUUGGCCGAUUUACAGGAAGACGAAUCUCGGUACCACCACUACAGCGGGUUCCUUGACAAAGACGUGGUCAGGGCGCUUGCGAAAGGGGGAGGCAAGAACCAGUUUGACGAGGAAAACAUGCGGCUCGACCUUGAACGGGUCGGCGCUGAGAGGAGACAGCUGGUUCUCAAGUGGGAGGCCCAACGAAAGGCCGUCCAUAUCCGCCAAGAGUGGGAAAGCUCCGCACUCAUCUUCUGCGACGCCGAUGUCAUGGCUAGCCAGCUUUCCCGGGUUGUCCGCGCACACGCUUUCGCCGUGGAAACCGCCGGGUGCGCAGACGAGGUUUCCGCUUCUUGCGAGGCGACCCUGGCGCACCUUGGCAGGGUGGUCGAGGCCGUUGGAUUUCUGCAUAACCGAGACCUGAGCGCAGCGUACUGGGAGAGGGUGGAGCAGGCAAUGCCACUGAACGAGGACCUCAAGAGGGCAGCCCGAAAAGAGUUCAUGCCCGCCCUCAGACAUGCCGCCGGCCUGGAAAAAGGACCACCAGCUGACAUAAACGACAACAACGGCGAAUCGUUCAACCAAGCGGAACCACCUUCAGCGGAAAAGGGCGAAAAAACCGCGAUCGAAAAAACGGGAGUGGCAGACUCUGUGGAUCCAUUAGCGACUGAGUCUACCGAUUCGGUCACGGGACCAUCGUCUUCUGGCACCGCGAAGGUGUUUUCGUCAGUCGCAACGCGGGUGAUUCCCCCCAAAUUCGACGCCGGUGGCAAGCUAAGGGUCAGUAAGGCGGCCGCAGUCGUGUCCUCGGUGGCUGGGCGUGAGCGUCGAGGAGAUGCACGACGGCGAGCAGAGGUUUACGAGGUGUUCCCGAUGGCAGCGGAGUGGGGGGGGUUGUCGUUGGCAACCUUGCUCAACCACGAGUUACUUGAGAAGAUUAAGGUGAUAGGCUCGAUCUCCGCGGAGGCGACCGCUAGCGCCGUGCUCCGCAACACACUCGAGGAGCUAGAGGGCGUGUGGGAAGCAGCCCCGAUGAUUUUUCUGUGGCGUUUCAACGAGGGUGCCCCAGCCCCUGGAAUCACCAAGCAGUCUCCGACAGUGGACUCAGACUCUCUAAGGCGUCGUCGGCUGUACUCGCGGGUGUUAGCAGAGCCCGCCUUAGUCCAGCAAGGAUACAGCGCUGGCACCAUAGCGGGGGGGGUGGGCGGCGGUGGCAGUGGAGGCGCCAGUGAUUUGCCAGCGAGCGAGGGAUUCACUUCACUGUUGUCGAACGGAGAUGAGCUGCUGCGCCUUGCGGAACACUGCCGGUUGGUGGUGGAUAGCGUUGUUGAUGCUCCUUCCGCGCUGCUGGCUGUGGGAAAUAUCGGACAAGCUGCUCUGGAGUGGCAAAAGAGGAUUUCUUGGUUUCAGGAGAUACUCACAAACUGGAUGGCCGUGCAAGAGCAGUGGGUUCGACUGGCACCGGCCUUUGUUCCUGAACACCUCGACGAUGGAGUCCCAGCGCACGACAGGGUGCGCUUCACGGACGUUUCGGGAUCAUUCCAGAACAUCCUGGGGACACUUCGAGCAGACACGUGCAUGACUGUCCUAGCAGGAAAACAGCAAGGAGCUGAAAGAGGGGGCAGGAGUCUGCUCGCGAAAGUGCGCAAACUCCAAGACGACUUGGAGGGCGUCUCCAUCACUAUGGACAGGCUGUUUCGCGACUGGGCGGCGGGUCGCGUCGGGUCUGGCGCAGCAGCGGGAGAGACGAACGAGCGCGCCGCGUGUAUGUUCCGAGGGAUCGGGGAAAUUCUGUGGAAGGAGGUCGUUAGCACCAACGGGACCACCGUUAGGACCCAUAUGGCAGCUACUGGUGUCCGCUGCUGCGGCGCCGGCCUCGAGGCGGUACCGUUCUCGUCCCCCAUCCCAGCCGUCGGCCGCUUGGAAAUUUGGGUCCGGGACUUCGACCGGCAGCUGAUGUCUGCAAUCGCCGAAGAUGUGGAGAUCGCCGCGAAUUCUCUUCGCCAGUACCAGGCGGGGGGUGGUUUCGGUCACCUUGGCUUGAGAACCAGCGGCCUCAACGCCAUCCCUGGGCUACUGCCAAAGUCAGGGAUACCAUCUUCUUCGAACAAACCAGCGAAUACUGCGACCAGCGAGAGAAGCGGCGGUGACCCUUAUGCGGUCGGUGGUGACGGAGAUGGCGGGAAAAACGGGGAGCAGACGACUACGGGGCGUCAACCAAGCGUGCAGGGACAGUUGCUUGCCCGGGGAGCCCAUUGGACCGCCCAGAUAGAAUCAGUGCUGGCCUGCACCAUUAGUGAGCCGUUGCAUUCAACCGACGGCGGCAACGGUGGUGGUGGCGCCGCAGGAGUUAGCGCGGCGACAAAUAAGCCGGAACGCAACAAGCUCCAAGAUGUUCUGGAGUCACUCCUCCUGAGUCUCAACGCUUGGUCGGGCGAGUUUAGCCAACCCGAUGGAUUGACCGCGUACAAUUCUCUCACAAUCACAGCACUCACAACCCAGGCGCUCCAGCAGCGGGACGUUGUAGAAGAGCUUCUUCAAACAGUGUUAAUGCCACCGCCAUCGCCAUCCCCUACGCCCCCUUCGGAAAAUGGAGGGCAAGGGCGACAGGCAGGAGAAACCCUUGCCACAUCGGCAGCCAGCGGUAUGGCACCCUCAUCGCCCACGGCACGGUCGGCGCCUUCCUCAAUCAAUGGGCAUCGGGAUCGAGAGCAUGGAAUCGACGAAGAAGAAAAUUAUUUUCCGUUUUUGUGGGCGUGCCAUCUGCGCCACUACUACACCUCUCCCGAAGAGGUGCAACCCCUGAACGGCCGAGCGCAGCAGAGAAGCGACCUGCAAACCGACAACGAUGACAGGAGUGAUCACGGCGCUGCUGGUAGUGGUGGGACCAAAAAUGAAGGACGAGGAGGGUAUGAGGAUCAGGAAAAUGAUUCGGUGCCGCCGCCACCACCGCCGCUGAUUCGGGUCAGCGUCGGACCAUGGAACGUCCCGUAUGGAUUCGAAUACGCUGGCACUCUGGAGAGGCUGUGGCUCACACCAUUAUCCGAGAGGUGUUUGCUACACGCCGUACACUGUGCGAAGGCUGUCAGCAGUGUCAUUGCUUCUACUCUCAUGGCGGGAGGAGUGACGGUCUUCGCUGGAGUCGAUGAGCUGCCCAAGGUGUCUCUGGCUGUGCUCGCUGAGAGCCUACGGGCGGUCAUGCUUUGCAUGCAUGCGGGGCAAGAGAAGGUCCUUGUCAACGGUGAAGAAGUGCCCCUUUCCACUACACCCCAUCUUUUGCCAAACUUCGACCCUAUCUUGCAUCAAUGGAGACUCCUUCCAUGGGGCAGGCAAAGGGCGGCAGGGGCUGGCAACUGCUACCACAACAACCCCGGCGGCGGCGGCGGCGGCGGGCCCUUCCUCGGGUUUUUCGCAACUCUAGCACGAACGGGGCCGGACCCGCAGCUACCCCUGUCCGUGCGUGCCGCGUUCCGCCCGGUCCUUACGGUACUGCCGAAUAUUCCUUUGAUUCUGGAGGCCAUGCUCUUGAGCAGAGGGUUCGUGGGAGCCCGAGCGCUUGUUCUAGGUCUUGUCGGGGGCUUGCGCGAGCUUCAAAACAUCCCCGCGCCUUGCCACACGCGUAGUGACGGGAACGCAGGAACCCCAGGGAGUAUGCAUACGGGAAAGCUAUCCUUUGAAACGGCAACCGCUGCUGAAAAGAGCAGUAACAAGAGCAGCAACAAUAGGUGUAGUGCUGGGGGUGAUUCAGUGACUCGGCCGGCUGACCCGGCAACGCUUCUGCACACGGUGGCAGUGAAAGCGGUCCGGACUGCGGCUGAGCUUUUAGCCCCGGAGACUGCUCGAGAGCUGAGAGCCGCCAGGCGCAAGCUAGGCCUUGCUUCCCUGACCAGCUCCGAGCGGAAAGAGAAGACGAAACACUUGUCUAGAGCGGUCGAGGCACGGGUCUUGAUCGCUGGUUUCGUCAGAGCUUUGCUUUUCGAGGAGACGGGCGGGGAUCCGCGCGCCCUCAAGUCUCAGAAGACAAAGAAACCUGCGCUCUCUACUAGCGGAAACACUAACAGUACGUCGUCGGCUUCUGCUGCUUCUGCUCCGAAGAUAGUCCCCGUGGAUAACUUGGCAGCAACGCCAAAAGAUGCAGGGCAGCUGGAGAUUGAUGCUAGGCGCGCAGUUAUGGUGUCGACCUUCCAGAAGACACAAGUUUUGCAAGAGAUCCUGAAGCCUCUAGAAGACAUGGCGGCCACAGGGCGGAAACUGGCCCAACAAAACUUGAAGCUGCGUGCAACGGAACUGGCCGAGAGCGGCACAGCCAUUCGCUCUCGCGACGUGGCCCAACUGAAAACCCUCGCCAAGCGAGCGCUGAUCAUGAAUGGCAUGUCUCCAACGAAGGAUCAGAUCGACGCCGCGGCAGAGCUUUGGCAAGCGCUGUGGUCGUGCUCCAGACCAGCCGUGAUAAUGACCGGCGCCGCCGGCAUCGGGAAAAGCUCAAUACUCCAAGCGAUGCCCAAGAUGGCGGAGCACGUCGAUCUGAUCAACCGGAAGCUCAACAAGUCGCUCAAAAAGCAGGUUCCGAAGGCAAAAAAGAAGCAGGACGGGGCUGAGGCGGGUGGAGCAACUACCCAACAUCCUAACGCGUCGGUCUUGGACCCCCCAGGGGCGGUUUUCGAGCCACCUGCUAACUCGAGGGGAGCGGCACCGUAUCGCCGGAUCGUAAACCGACAGGUACCCUUCCUCGCGUACGUGAACGCGACGAGCACCGGUCGUAAAGGCGGGAAUAAGUCUGAUGAUGGUGGCACCGUGGCAUCCGGGGCAUCCGGUUCCAGCAAAGGCACCAAAGCGACCACUAUCUCCGAGACUUCGAACGUCUCCGGUGCGAGCAGCGACGGGGGCGCAAGCGUCUUUAGCCAGCGAAGCGCAGCCACCAAGAGCUCGAGCGCUUCCGGAAAGAGUAGUUCUGCGGGCAGCGGGGUCGCGCGGGUGGGCAAAUGUGGGUCUGGAGGGAUACCUCCGGCUACCAUCGAGGGCUCGGCCUUCGUCGUCCCAGCACAAGAGAUCGAAGUCUUGUACACUGGCGGUUGCUCGGCGGAACACCUGAUUGGCUCCACAGACGACAAAGGCUGCUGGCUAGAUGGCCUCCUCGUGAGGAGGUUGCGCGCCUUGGUAGAAGGGGUGCGUGGCGGCGCUUGCACCACGGCCAAGCGGUCCCGACACCGAGCGUGCGGAGUGGGAACCGGUGACGUUUGUCUCCCCCCUGCUGGGAAAGCCACCAGCGGGUUUUCGCACGGGUGCAGGAGUCGGCUGCUCGUGCUCGAUGGUCCAAUUUCGAGGGUGUUGGAGGGCAUCCUCGCGAGCGACCAUGCAGGCGGUCCGCCUCUCACCGGGCCGGAGGAAUGCAGGCACAGCUCACGCUGUCUGCUUCUCCCGGACGGUGAAGCUCUGGCACUCGAUGCCUGGGGACACGUGGCUGUGGAAACGGGGGAUGUUCGGCAUCUGAGCCCCUCGACGAUCACGGGCGCGGCCAUCGUGCAUCUACGCGCGGACGGCCCCGCAUUGGUCAAGGGGAUGCGAGAGGUCGGGCAUUAG